CCUGUUUAAAGUUUAAACGCUCACAUAAGGAUCGCCCAAGACAAUAUAUUGUACAAAGGAAGGGUGAUAACAGAUCAAAGGACACCCAACACCCGACAAUAUAUGAAACCUGAAAGAGGCAUUAGGAGAUGGCAGACGGUGAGGAUAUUCAGCCCCUUGUCUGUGAUAAUGGGACAAGAAUGGUUAAGGCUGGAUUUGCCGGAGAUGAUGCUCCCAGAGUUGUAUUCCCAAGCAUCGUUGGACGACCUCGUCACAACGAAGUGAUGGUGGGUAUGGGUCAGAAGGAUGCAUAUGUUGGUGAUGAGGCCCAAUCAAAGAGAGGUAUUUUGACUCUCAAGUACCCCAUUGAACAUGGAAUUGUUAGCAACUGGGAUGACAUGGAAAAAAUAUGGCAUCAUACCUUCUACAAUGAACUGCGUGUGGUUCCAGAAGAGCACCCAGUGCUCCUGACAG